CUUGGUCUGUUUGAAAGAACGAUAGCAGAGUACGAGGAGGAAGUUUCCGCUUUAAAAGAGCAGAACGAGCGACAACGGAGACUACUGGACGCUGUUUUCAACCCUCAGCUGCGGUUACACAGAGCAGACGUCCAGCAGCUGUUGGUAGUUAAAGAAGAGGUUCCCCCUGAACAGCAGCAGUGGAGCUCCAGUCUGGACCAGGAGGACCCACAGCCCCCACAUAAAGAGGAACAGGAGGAACUCAGGACCAGUCAGGAGGGAGAGCAGCUUCAAGGUCUGGAGGAGGCUGAUGUCAAGUUCUCAUUCACUCCUGUGAAGAGUGAAGAUGAUGAAGAGGAAGCUCAGUCCUCACAGCUUCAUCAAAGACAAACUGAACAGAUGGAAACAGAUGCUGAUGACAAUGGAGACUCUUCUGACACUGAUAACAGUGGUGAUUGGAAGGAGACCAGAGAACCUCAGUCAGGAAAACUAUUUACAUGCUCUGAGUGUGGGAAAACAACUGCCACGAGUGGAGAUCUGAAGACGCACAUGAGAAUCCACACAGCAGAGAAACUUUUCAGCUGCCCAGUUUGUAAGGAAUCUUUUAACCAUUGUUCAACUUUAAAGACACACAUGAGAAUCCACACAGGGGAGAAACCUUUCAGCUGCACAGUUUGUAAGGAAUCUUUUAACCAUUGUUCAACUUUACAGACACACAUGAGAACCCACACAGGAGAGAAACCUUUCAGCUGCACAGUUUGUAAGGAAUCUUUUAACCAUUGUUCAUCUUUAAAGACACACAUGAGAAUCCACACAGGAGAGAAACCUUUCAGCUGCACAGUUUGUAAGAAAUCUUUUAACCAGCAACCACAUUUACAGACACACAUGAGAAUCCACACAGGAGAGAAACCUUUCAGCUGCACAGUUUGUAAGGAAUCUUUUAACCAGCAACCACAUUUACAGAGACACAUGAGAAUCCACACAGGAGAGAAUCCUUUCAGCUGCACAGUUUGUAAGAAAUCUUUUAAGCAGUCGUUCACAUCUACAGAUACACAUGAAAACCCACACAGGAGAGAAACCUUUCAGCUGCUCAUUGUGUGAUGAAAGAUUUCGGCACAAGUCACUUCUGAAGUUACACAUAAUUACUCAUACAAGAGACAACCUGCUUUAGUGGUUCUGUUUGUAUGCAAAAGGUAAAUCUGACACACCACAUGGCACAUAACGAAAUGGCGCUUUUUUCUUAUCUUUAUUCGAAAGCAUGUUUUAAUUUGAGAGCAUUGCCAUGUUCAGAUUUUGAAUUGUUUCCCUUAAAACCCUGUCCUCACACACAAUUAGCCCCCGCUUGCGAUCAGUGACGCAAUAAACCUUGAUUGCUCUGAGAGAUCAUGCUUUGUUUAAGGUGACGCCUCCUCACGUUGGCAAGGAGCUUAGUGCUGUCUUUAGUUUGAUCCAGUAGACUAAGGCUACAUCCACACCGAUACAUUUUCGUUUUAAAACGAUCUCCGUCCACACAGCGUUUCAGCAUAGUUUUCGAGAUGAUGUCAUUCCAGACUAAAACGCCUGAAAACGAAUAUCACGUGACUCUUCACGUACACUGGGUAUGCGGGUG